CACGGCUCCCUCAACACCAUCUCCUCAAAAUGGCUCGCACACUUCCAAGGUACAGCCAUCUGUCAUGCAAAGCUAAUCUGAGCCUGGAUAUCCGCUCGGUCGCCUCAUUCAAGAGAGACGCGGAUAUACGGAACACUGCCAGCUGUAAUGCAUACCCGCUCGUAUAUCGCACAUCCCUGACUCAUUCUCUCCCUCUCCCUCCGUCUCCGUCUCUUUCUCGUCCUCUUCCUCUCUUCCUUUAUCUUCAAGGGUGAUUGGUCUAUUUUUACUUUGGCUCAGUCAUAAUGUUGACCAAGUAAAGAGCAUUUACUACCAGAACCAGGUUCGUCCGCAUCACUUUUCACAUCUCGGUUCUAUGUCUCCGGACCCCUGUUGUACAGGGACAGAGAUGGACUGGCUUUUCUCAUCUCACACUGCAACG